AUGGCAAGCAAGGAGGCCUCGGAGACGCUGAUACCAAAGGCGAGGGUCCAGUGGUGGAUAUGCACGUUUUGUGCCUGUUUUGCGAUGAGCUCCAUCGUCACGACUUGUCAGGGCGACGAAAUUGUAUACUCUAAAUACGAGAUAGAAUUUUCACAGGGCACGCCUUCGUUGUAUAGCUACGAGAUCGACAAGGAAACCUUUCGGUUCAUAGCAGGCGGAGCUCGUGUGCCUAAGAUUUCGAAUAAUGAGAUAGGCAGCCAGAAGAAUGAAAUCGAGAAAUCGAUCUACGAGUCCCAAAACAUGACUACAAGCAUCAAGAGUGAUAUUUCAGAGGCCGCUUUGGCGAAAAUUGAAGAUAUAAAAUGCAAAAUGAUGAAGAGUACCGUUGAGGAUGCUCAGAGCUAUCUCAAGGACAUCCCCGAAGUAAUUGGGGGGUGA